UGUAACAUGCUGAGGGUUAAUGAAAUUAUUAAACAAUAUUUUUGAAAAAAAUCACACGUUAUUGUAAAACAAAUAUUCUUUUCUUUGCUCAAACUUCAAAAUCUCAAAGGUUCAUAAGAAUCUAUAUCCCAUAUUACCCGUGGUUAGGCCCCUUACUGGGGUGCCAAAUUUUGUUUGCACCAGGGCGCAAAAUGUCUAAAUGCAGUAGGUACUGGCAGUGAGUGGUAGUGGUUGAAAUGUUCAAUAUUUUAUCGCGGAGCGACGAAAGACGCAUCACUACAUCAGCAACCUUUGUAUAACCAAAGUUAUAGGUACCUACCUACUGCACAUAUCACAAUGGUGGUAUUGAGAGCUGGUGCAGUGUUGUUAAUGUGAUACAAAUUUUUGGGUUGUAAAUAAGAAUAACUAUAAUAGCCAAUUAUACUCAUAUGAAUAGUUAAGUAUUUUGUUUCAACAUGACGUGGAAAACCAUUUCUUUGUGCUUGUGCAUUUAUGGUGUUUUAAAAGAGUUCCGUCCAUCAGAAUCUUAUUUUAUUCCUUAUUUACUAAGUCCAAGGAUGAAUUUUACUGAAGAACAGGUUAAUAAUGAAAUACUUUCUAUUGGUGUUUAUGCUUCAAUGAUAUUUAUGAUUUUUGUUUCUUUAACAACUGACUGGUUGAGGUAUAAAAUUGUAAUUGUUAUCCAAGCGUUAUGCGGUGUUUGUAUUUAUGCUCUGUUAUCUUUAUUUACAAGUUUUACAUCUAUUGUUGUAGUUGAAAUUUUGUAUGGUUUGUUUGUUGCUACAGAAGUUGCAUACUACACAUAUACAUAUUCUGUUGUGAAUGUGAAAUAUUAUCAGAAAGUUACCAGUUACACAAGAGCUGCCCAUCUUAUAGGACGUUUUUUUUCAGGGUUUCUUUCUCAAGUGUUUAUUUCAACCAAAUUAGUUGAUACAUAUCAAUUAAAUUUCCUCACAUUAGGAAGUCUGACAGCUGCAAUGAUGUGGACUAUAACAUUACCAGCCGUAAAAAGAAGUGAGCCUAAGUCUGAAACUCAGAAAAUGAAUGUAAUAGAUAGAGCAUUAGAAACAAAAUUAGAAGAUGAAGAUAAUGAUUUAGCUGAAAAUAGUACAGAACAUAGCAAGAUGUCAUGGAAAUAUCUUAAAUCCAUGUGUAAAGAGUAUAAGAGUUUGUAUAUUUUGAAAUGGUCAUUUUGGGUGAUAACUGCAACUUGUUGUUUUAAUCAAGUUUUGUAUUAUAUUCAAUCAUUGUGGGAAUCUUUGAGCAAUGAUGAAUGCCUUCAGAGUAGUAUUAAUAAUUGUACUAAAACUUCAGAAUGGAAUGGAGCUGUUGAUGCUGUUUAUACAAUAAUAGGUACAUUUAUUACAUUUUUAUGUGGUUCGAUUAAAUUGAAUAUGGAUAAAUAUAGUAAUUUACUUAUUAUAGUAACAUCUUUUAUCCAAUUUGCUGCUCUUUAUAUAUCAAUUGCAUAUAGUUCAAUCUAUAUAUCAUAUAUCAACUAUAUCAUUUAUUGCGCAAUUUAUCAAGGGAUGAUGACCAUUGCCAGCUCUGAAAUAGCAAAAUGUGUCAAUAAAGAUAAUCAUGGAUUUGUGUUUGGUGUUAAUAACUUAUUAGCUGCAACUUUACAAUCAUUAGCGACAUUUUUCAUGACUUUACGUGGUUUGUCAUCAUCAUCUAAAAUUUUGUUUGAAUGGUAUGCUAUAUUUUGUUUAGUAAUUGGAGUAUGUUAUUUAUUUUUAUCAAUUUUACAAGUCGUUAAGAAGUAAGUUAUGAUAAACAUAUUUAAUAAUAUGGUAUUAAUUAUUCUUAGUGGCUUAAAAUAUUCAUUGUUUGCUCAAUAUAACAAUAAGCUAUGGUAAACAAAAGUAUAACUAAUUGUUCAAAUAAUAUUAAUUUAAUAUUUAUUACUUUUUGUAUGUACAUUAUGUAAAAAUUUUGUAAUUUAAUACAAAGACUAUUUAUAAGUUAUGAAUUUAUGCCUAUUAAUAAAUACCUUGAUC